AAGUCUUUCUGUUGCUGCGGGCAACAGCGACGACAAGCAAGUUAGCUUCAUGCUAAAUCCGUGCAGUUAUGAUUCUUAGUUGUGUUUGUGCUCAGCUACAUGCAAAUGAAAUAUUCUCAUGUUCACUACGUUGUUUGUUUCUUCAAAAAAAUAUAUUGGAGUCUUGAUUUCAACCACGGACGCACAUAUACUAGCUAACAAUGCUAAUAUUAUACCUCUGAGUUUGCUGCUAGGGUUGCUGCUGUGCUAACAGGGCAGGCUAAUACAGAGCACCAUGGAAUCUACGUACAGCCUGAAUAGCAGGGCUAAUUGGCUCAACGUUGCUAAUACUUUCCAUAACCACUCUGUGGUGUGAUGGCCUACGACCUGCAUGCGACUGCCUUAUAAAGGAAAAGAUGGUUACAUCCAAAUGAAGCUUGUCUUCAACUCUUACUCAUCUACAGCUACACUAAUGGGGACUCGAGACCCACCACUGGAUUUGUUGUUUGAAACUUAAACUCUUCUCCCAACUGGACAGUAGCAGCCAUGCGUAUCAGUUUCUGCCAAGGCCUGCUAACCGGUGCCAUCAUCCUCAACCUCCUCAUUCUCUACUAUGUGUCUCGGGCCCAGCAGCACAUGAUGGAGAAGAGGAAGGAACUUGGCCGGGGCACGAGGAGGGCCGCCCUGCCAGCCUCCGGUCUCGGAGGAGGUCUGGUAGGAGCUGGAGGUGAGCCUGGAGUGGGCGGAGUGGAGGGACACAGUCGAGGUCCACGUGUGACUGUUCUUCUUCGGGAGUUUGAAAAUUUUGAGAAUUAUGUUGGGGAUGUGGCUAAUUCCUUCCUCCGCCAGAGGCCCGAGCUUCCCUUUCUGGCUGUGGCAGAUACGUCUCCAUACCCUCCACUGGUGCUUCCAGAGGGGGCUCGGCUUCUGGUGCUCUCCCCGAGCCCUGAUCAGCCACCGCAAGCUCACAGGCCAGAGUUUCAUGUCCAGACUGAGUUUGUGCUGCUGGUGCCUGACGGAGUGGAGCUGGAGCAACCACGGGCCAUCGAGAGGUUGAUCAGGGAGCUGGAAGGUGAAGGUGGGGGGCCGGUGAGGCUGGUAGCUGCACCCGUGUUGGUUCGAUCUGCUGUGCAGUGUCUCCACCUGCGGGUGAACCUCAGAGAGUGGACCGCCACAUACUCAACGGCCACAUCGGGAAGCAGCGGGAGCGUGUGCACGGCUUUACAGGGAGAUGCAAUUGUCCUCAUUCGCACCGAGGACCUUUUUAACCUCUCUGUCCCUCUGGGGCGACCCCUGUUCUCCUCACUCUUCAUCCAGACUGCCUUGAGAGGCUGGAAGGUCAAACUGCUGGAAACCCCCUGUUUCUCUGCAAACCACCGGCCCCUCUUCAGCUCCGCUCACAACCAGUGGAAGGCCGACACUCGACUGAAGGAGGUCACAGGGAAGCUCAUGAGGAGCUUUGGUCUGAAGCGCCUCUUGCUGCCUGAUGGGAAGGAACAGUGGCACGGCUGCAGUAAAGAGACGCCUCGCUGUUUUGGCACUGUGCAGGAGGACACUCCAGACUAUCUUUAUCUGGACAGAUGGACGCCUCCCUGCUGUCUGCGAGCACUCAGGGAAACCACUAAGUAUGUUAUCAACAUCUUGGAGAGCUCAGGUGUGCGCUACUGGUUAGAGGGGGGUUCUCUGCUGGGUGCUAUUCGCCAUCAAGACAUCAUCCCAUGGGAUUAUGAUGUGGACUUGGGCAUCUACCUGGAGGAUGUACCCAACUGUGAUCACUUGAAGAACCUGGACUCAGGCUCUCUGGUGGAUGCUAAUGGCUACGUCUGGGAGCGUGCAGUGGAAGGAGACUUCUACAGAGUCCAGUACAGCGAGGCCAACCACCUGCAUGUUGAUCUGUGGCCCUUCUACUCACGGAAUGGCGUCAUGACCAAAGACACGUGGACAGAGCACAAACAAGACGUGGAGUUCCCAGAACACUUCCUGCAGCCGCUGGUGCCAAUGCCUUUUGCUGGCAUCACUGCCUACGGCCCCAACAACCACAGAGCCUUCCUGGAACUGAAGUUUGGAGAGGGGGUGAUUGAGAACCCCCAGUAUCCCAAUCCUGCAAAAAAGAGGCUGGACAGAAGCAAAUUAUGAGUGAUACUAAAGGCCAACAAGCCCUUUUAUGUUGUACUGUAUUUGUUGACCUAAAAACAGACAACUUUGCCUAUUUUUUUUGAAAACAGCCUAAAAGAUGAUGCUUGGAAAUUGAAAUGGUGCCAGCAUGACUGCAUUAUGCGUCGCAGUGUAAUCACACGUUUGGUCAGAUUUUCUUUUCAUUGUCAGUGUUUGGAUAUAAAUGAUAAUCUGCCUUUAUUUAUCAGAGUGGUGCAAUUUUGUUUGCAAAGGGCAUAAACACUUUUUUAAAUCUCCACUUGUGUACUGACCACCUGAUCAGGCACACCUUAAAAAAGUCAAAAACUGGUUUUAAUACAUCGUGUACAAACUCUGUAUGUGAUCUACUCUCUAAAUAUUACUGCUGUAAAGAUGAUGAAUACUUUAAAACAAAAAAGAUUGUUUUUUUUUUUAAAGUAGAUUAUUUUCAGCAGGAUUUAAGGUAUUGUACAGUUAUUUGUUUCUGCCUGACAAGUAUUUUAUGUUUUCUUAACUGUAUUGCCUUGUUUUGCACAGACUCUUUGAAUUUUUUAGUUUUGCACAAUUUAUGAAUGAAUGUUGGGUGUCUAUCAAUGCCCUUCGGUACCUGACAACUCUAAUGUGGUAAUUUCCAUGUGGUGAAAUGAGAAGCACACAUCAUUCAUCCUGUUAUGGAUGAAACAUCACUCUAUUAGGCCUUUAUAUUCAAUUAAUAAUAAAUAUAAACUCUUAGCUCAAAUAUAUGCAUUAUUAUCAUCCAAGAAAAAAUCCAAGAAAACAUUUCAAAAAAGACAUCAGUGUCACAUUAUAUCUGUAGUGUUAUUUGUGUGUAAUGUAUUAGAGGGUCACUCUGUUUGAUGUACUGGUAAAUUCAGAUCAUUGUAACUGUUUAUAGGUUUAUUUAUUUGUUUGGAGGAGAUUUGAGGUGUUGGUUGGUUGAUUUAUUGUAAAUAAAGAAUGUACAGCAAUA